UGUGACGAGUGAGAUCCCCCACACACACACACACCUCUCCUGAUUCAGCGGAACAGAUUUAUUCGGCAUCUCACGCAGCGAGCCGGCUGCAAAACACGAGACAAUCCCAAACGCAGCAACACCUGCCCCGUCUGUCAACCCAUCUGUCUGUCUGCGCCGAUCAACGGCUCCGUUACAACUCUGACUGCGUGCUUACUGACGUCGACUGCGUUUUGGGAGACGGAGCGGGGACACGACAUCCAGAGAGACGAGCAGCGAAUGUCAAUAACGGGGAAACUAAAAAGCGACGACUGCAUCGAGGAUGGGCCAAUGGAUAACCUGCGGGACAAAUAGAUACCCCCCUCCCAAAAACACUCUUGUUUCUGCAUCUUUACCUUGGGACCCUCCUUGCAAGGAAAUGUUAAUCAUUAUGGGAUAGAUGCACAGGUCUGCCCGUUGCCAUGGAUUCCAGCACGCGGAAAUUCACAGUACGGAGAUGGUUUUCUAUCUAUCUGAAGAACAAGGCGGCAAGGAACAAAAACAACACCGGCUUCUGUCAGCUAGAGGAUGAUAGUAUACUUAAGGAGAUUGACAUCAGCCACCAUGUUAAGGAGGGUUGUGAGAAAGCAGACCCCUCUCAGUUCCAGCUGCUCAAAGUGCUGGGACAGGGCUCCUAUGGAAAGGUGUUUCUGGUGAGAAAGAUCAGAGGAGUGGACAGAGGUCAGCUGUAUGCCAUGAAGGUCCUGAAGAAGGCCACACUAAAAGUUCGUGAUCGUGUGCGGUCAAAGAUGGAAAGAGACAUUCUGGCAGAAGUGAACCAUCCAUUUAUAGUUAAACUGCACUAUGCCUUCCAGACAGAAGGAAAGCUCUAUCUGAUCCUAGACUUCCUCCUCGGAGGAGACCUUUUCAGUCGACUGUCAAAGGAGGUGAUGUUCACUGAGGAGGAUGUGAAGUUCUACCUUGCAGAGUUGGCCCUGGCCUUGGACCAUCUUCACAGUCUGGGGAUCAUCUACAGGGACCUGAAACCUGAAAAUAUUCUUUUGGAUGAAGAAGGAAACAUUAAGAUAACUGACUUUGGAUUGAGUAAGGAGGCCAUUGACCAUGACAAGAGAGCUUAUUCCUUCUGUGGAACAAUCGAGUACAUGGCUCCGGAGGUCGUGAACAGGAGAGGGCACACACAAAGUGCUGACUGGUGGUCAUUUGGGGUACUGAUGUUUGAGAUGUUGACAGGAUCAUUACCAUUCCAAGGAAAAGAUCGGAAGGAAACAAUGGCAUUUAUUCUUAAGGCGAAGCUGGGAAUGCCACAGUUCCUCAGUCCUGAAGUGCAGAGUUUAUUAAGAGCGCUCUUCAAGAGGAACCCGGCUAAUCGACUCGGCGCAGGACCAGAUGGAGUGGAAGAAAUAAAAAGACAUCGCUUCUUUGCAUCGAUAGACUGGAUUAAGUUGUACAGGAAGGAAUUGAGGCCUCCAUUCAAACCUACAGUUGGAAGACCUGAAGACACUUUCCAUUUUGACCCUGAGUUCACCUCCAGAACACCCACUGAUUCUCCGGGCGUCCCUCCCAGCGCAAACACACACCAGCUGUUUCGUGGCUUCAGCUUCGUUGCAACGAAUCAAAGUCAGGAGCCGAGCGUUGCUACGGUAGCAGCUUCUCGCCAGGAGGUCAACAACAUCAAUCCCAUAGCAAAGCACCUCCAAGGUGAUGUGGCCUUCCGGGAUGUUUAUGAGCUCAAGGAGGAAGUUGGACAGGCAGCAACUUCUGUCUGCAGAAGUUGUCUGCACAGAGUUACCGCUGUGGAGUACUCAGUGAAGAUCAUUGAUAGAGCCAGAAAGGAUCCAUCGGAGGAGAUUGAGAUCCUGUUAAGAUACGGGAAGCAUCCAAAUAUCAUCACCCUGAAGGAUGUGUAUGACGACGGCCAGAGUGUGUACAUGGUUCAGGAUCUCCUGAGAGGAGACGAGCUGCUGGACCGAGCGCUGACGGUGCCAAACUUUACCGAGAGAGACGCGUCAGACAUCCUCUGCACACUGGCCAAGACUGUGGAAUAUUUACACUCGCAGGGGGUCGUGCAUCGGGACCUGAAGCCUAGUAGCAUUCGCUAUUCUGAUGACAGUGGUCUCCCAGAAUGCAUCAGAAUAUGUGAUUUUGGUUUUGCCAAACAGCUCAGGGCUGAGAAUGGCUUGUUGAUGACUCCCUGUUACACAGCUACCUUCAUGGCUCCUGAGGUUCUGAAGAAGCAGGGUUAUGAUGCAGCCUGUGACAUCUGGAGCCUGGGCAUCCUGCUCUACACCAUAAUAGCUGGCUUCAGUCCGUUUGCCAGCAGCUCUGAGGACACAGCCGAAGAAAUUCUGGCUCAAAUCGGCAGCGGAAAAUUCAUCACCAAAGGAGGGAACUGGGACCUGGUAUCAGACGCUGCCAAGGAAAUUGUGAUAAAGAUGCUCCACGUGGACCCUCACCAGCGCCUGACUGCCCCACAGGUUCUUUGUCAUACCUGGAUUGUAGACAGAGACAAGCUCUCUGACAGAACGCUCACCAGACAAGAUGCUCUUACUGUGAAGGGGGCACUGUCUGCCACCUACUCUGCUCUGAAGCGCUGUGCUCCGGCUCCAGUGCUGGAGCCUGUUCAGUCCUCCAGUCUGGCUCAACGGCGAGGAGUGAAGAAUCCGGGCAGUCCCAAAGUGAAUUCAGACCCCAAAGAAAAGGAAAAGCCUCCACAAUCUGAAUGAAAAUCAAAAGAAAUUAGACAUAGCCCUACAUAAAUCAAGAAGACAUGCUCAUACUCUUUAAAAUGCAUACACCUUGUGACAAAGUGCUCCUAUAGGCCUAUAAAAACUAAAUGUAGCGGAUUUUAGAAAUGGUAUCGUAUAAGUGGAUUAAGCCUAAUUAACUAUCAAAAUAUAGCAGUACAGAAUCCCUGUCAACAGGAAUAGCUUCGGUUCACUUAAUUUAAAGUGUACAUUUAAAUUGAUAAUCAAAGCGAACACAUUGACGUUUACUUCUUUUUUGUCAUACAUGUCAGAAUACAAUUAGCAUUUUUAUGCAAUGUACACAGACACUUUUAUAUCUACGGAAGCUCCAACAGCUGAAAGUGGAACCAAUUAGUUUGGUCUCCAUAUUCAGAAAAGGCCUAUUCAGUGCCACAGACAACAUGCCAAGUAGUUUACUUUAGUUUUCAUAUUUAGCACAUACACAUGUAUGUGCCCAGAAGUUCAUGUCAUACAUUAUACAGUCUUCCAAAGUUAUUGAUCUAACAUAUAUCCAAAUAUUGAUAUGGUCGAGAAUCAUCAUCAAAGAAUAGAUAUAGAUUAGAGUAACAUGUAUUUGAGUGAGGCACUCUCACUCUGAUUAUAACAUGUUUUACUACAAUCAAUCCUCUGAAUUCUACAGAGUUAUGCAUGUUAAAAAUGUAAAUAUCCUACCAAAGGGAAUCAUUAAGUUAACAAUGCCAUUGAAGUCUUAUUGUUAAUAAUAUAUUUAAUAAUUGUAUUGUAUGUAUUGUUGUCUUCCAUGAAUACAGCCUUUGACUAUUGUAAAAUGUAUUUUUAAAUGUAUCACGACUGCACUUCCAAGAUCAGAUCAGAAACGGUGAGCUAUGAAAGUAUUUAUGUUGAACGUAGUUUGUUGUGUUUUUUCAUAACAUAUUCCAAAUGUUAUUUGGCUGAAGAGAAGUCAUAGAGAGCAUCAUGUCGCUCUUUGGUAAAUGUCACGCGAGCAAAACCCUGCAGGCUAUACUACUUUGAAAUAUUAAGUCGGCAAUAUAGAUCAUCUUUCAGUCGAGUAUUUGCCAGUACAGCACUGUUUAUGUCUGAGAGCCAAAAUGUUUGAGAUCCACUGUGUCAGAGGAUUGUAUAUGAAUAGGUCUACUGUCUAUUGCUGCUGCCCUGAUUGUCUCUAAUAAGUUGUACAAUCGCAAAUACGAGGUAAGACUGAACAGGGUGUGUGCAGACCUGAGGAGCACACUGCGUGCUGUACAAUUUACCAGUGGGAAUGUAGAUUAUAAUGCUCCAGCAUUAAAACACAUCCUUACUGGUAAGAACAAAACAUUGUCACGUGUAACCAAUAAGCACUGCAGCAGAGAAACAAAUGAUGUACAUAUUAUGUGUGUUAAUCCUGAGGCCGUAUGUGUGGUGACACAUUGCACAACUGUGAGUGGUGGAGCUGGGACUGAUGCAACUGUGAGUAUGCAGAUAAGGUCAAUCUGUAAAUAUUUACUCAUUUAGAUUGUACAUAUACAGGACUGU